CUUUGAUGGGAGACUCCCAGGUGCUGGUGGUGGCAACACCAACAGAAAGAGCAGCAGCAGCAGCAACAACAACAACAACAUGUGGAAGAAAUCUCUUUGUCUCCUGAUUCCUUGUGUCCUUAUUGCCUACUAUUGCUACACUCCUGUCCCAGAUAAAAUUGAACAACAGUGGGAACUGAUGAUGAUCUGGAGUUUCAUGAGGAUCCAGAUGCAUAUAGCACCACUUUUUGAAAUGCUGGGAUUUAGACCUUUUCCAUUGUUGGAAAUCCUUGUAGUACCACCAACCUCGGAUGAAAAUGUCACAGUGACAGAUACCCUGUUCAACAAUGUUCCAGUCCGUGUCUUUGUGCCAAAACAGAAGUCAUCUACACUGAGGAGGGCUGUGUUUUAUAUUCAUGGUGGUGGCUGGGUCACAGGAAGUGCUGCUUGGGAUCCUUAUGAUGAAUUGGGAAGAUGGAUGGUGGAAAGGCUCGAUGCUGUGGUUGUAUCGACUGACUACAGACUGUCACCCCAGUAUCACUUCCCAACCCAGUUUGAAGAUGUAUAUGAUGCUCUGAGGUGGUUCUUGAGGAAGAAAGUCCUUGCUGAGUAUGGUGUGGAUCCCACCCGCAUCUGUAUUGCAGGAGACAGUGCUGGGGGGAAUUUAGCCGCAGCUGUGAACCAGAAGCUCCUCAAUGACCCAGAAAUCAAGAUCAAAGUCAAGAUUCAAUCUUUAAUUUAUGCUCCUCUUCAGGCCCUUGAUAUGGACUUACCGUCUUAUCAAGAAAACUCCCAUAUGGUCAUUGUGAAAAAACAGCAAAUGGCUGAGGUUUGGAGCAGGUAUUUCACCUCAGACAAGGCAUUAUAUGAGGCCAUGGUGGCCAACCAACAUACACCUGUGGAAUCUAGCCAUCUCUUCAAGUUUGUUAACUGGAGUACCCUGCUGCCUGAGAGGUUCAAAAAAGGACAUGUGUAUACCAACCCAAUUCAUGGACCCUCUGAGCUUGCAAAAAAGUACCCAGGAUUUCUGGAUGUCCGAGCAUCCCCCUUAUUAGCAGAUGAUUCUACAUUACGGCGUUUACCCUUGACUCAUAUCCUCACCUGUCAGUAUGAUGUCUUAAGAGAUGAUGGACUCAUGUACCUCUCCCGCCUCAGGGCUGCAGACGUCCAGGUAGCCCAUGAACAUGUGGAAGAUGGGUUCCAUGGGAUCCUGUCAUUUGGUAGCAGUCUAUUAAAUUUUAGGGCAGGUAAAAGGGAAGUGAACAAGUAUCUCAAGUGGCUAAAGGAGAAUCUCUAGUGAUGCUUCAUCUGUUCCAUUCAGCCAAGAGCCAGUCCUUCCUUUAUUCAAGUCAAAGUGUUGGCCGCUGGCAGGAUUUGAGUGGGUUAGGAGGGGAUACCAAUAGGACUAGGACAUGGUUGUGGGUGCCCUGGAGAUAAGCUUUGUAUACAAAGAAGAAGAAGAUGUGUGCUGGCAUAUUACUAAAUCAAUCAUCCUAAGUGCUUUGGGGAAGGUCAAAGGAUAAGAGGGUUAAAUGAUAUGGGGAUCCAGGAAUGAUCAGCUGAACUCCUCUCUCUACCUUGAGCAUUCAGCCUUCUGCACAUGCCAACCUGAGUUAUGAAGAAGAAAAUGGAAAAUGACCUUGCCAACCUUCAAACACUGUAUUGUAAGAUUUCAAUCCACAUCAACAAGUCCAAGUAUUAGCUUAAUAAAGUUUAUUAAUAAUCAUUUAAAGUAGAAGGAAUAAAAAGGAAAUAGAAGUAGCAAAACCUAGUUAUCUAACAAAAAUAAGACCACGUGAUUAAGUUCUGCCUGGACCAAAAGACAGCUUCCGCAGCCUCGAUUAUAGAAAGAGAGAGUGAGAGAGCAGAGCUACAAAAACCUUACAUCCCUCCUUCAUUUGCAUGAAACAUGAGAGAGAACAUGGGAAGCUGGGAUUUAGAGUUCUGGGGAGCAAAUCCUAAUUACACAAUAUAAGCAUCAGUGGUUAUUGUUGUAGUGGUGGUUUUAUGAUUAUUAUUUACAACUUUUACUUUCUGUCUUAGAAGCAACUCUAAGCCAGAAGGGCAAGGACUAGACAAACAACGUUACUGACUUGUCUUGGGUCACAUAGCUAGGAAGUGUUUGAAUCCCAAUUGAACCCAGGUCCCCCUGAAUCCAGGUAUGGGGCUCCAUCCACUGUGCAACCUAGAUGCCCCUUUGGUUUUUAUUAUUUCCAGUCCCUCCCAUUCAGGAAGUCCCAAAUCAUUAUCAUUGUCCUUUGCUUUAUUAUAAGCCUGCCUGAACUUGCAUCCUACCUCUUUUUCUGAAUGCCCAUAAGAUUUGAAACUUCCUAGUCUAGUUUUGCUCUUCCUUCUCCUUCCUUCUCCCCUUCCCUACCACCAUCCAAACAGUUACCCAGAUCUGCUGAUUCUACCUUCUCAUCUCUCCCCCCAGCCCCUCUUCUAUUAAUUCACUACCACUCCUCUAGCCAAUCCUUCAUUGACUUUCUAUUGGACUAUUGUUCUAUCUUCCCCUCUACUUUUUCUGCUGCCUAUCUCUCGUCUCUCUAAUCUAUCCUUCAUGUGCUACCCAGCUUAUUAUUUUUUAAAGUUCCCAAAUAAUGAUGUACUUCUCUUUAUCAAAGAGGAUAACAUUUUCCCAUUAAGAGGAGGAAACAUUUUUUGUAAAUAUAAAAAAAAUUGCAAAUUUAUAUAGGCUUUCCAAAACAAGUUUAUAUCAGUUGAGUGUCAGAACUGUGGACUGAAGAAAUGUGCUAAUCAAAGAGAAAUUACUGCCCUUUGGUUAUAACUAGAUUUGAAACUCCUUACUUUUUGAUCACUCCUCAGUUAGCUUUCUAAUUCUUCAUCCAUUUUGUUUCCUUCUAAUCAGGUUUGUGCUAGGAAAUAUUCAAUAAUUAACUCUAAAUAUAGCUGGCAUGCUUUUAAGUUAAAUCUAUAUAUUAACAUCUGUCUGGAUUUUCUUAAAUCUAGCAAUAAAAAAUAACACAUCACACCCUGAUUUGUAAUGUUUGCUCAUUUUUGAGGGGGAAAUGCUCAUACUGAAAAAUAUAAUAAUUAUCUCUGGAAUUUUGAGCUGGAAUCCCUCCAAUCCUGGUUGACCCUCUAUACUUUCCCAUCCUCUCUCUUAUUCUCUCUUCCCAUAUUUUCUCUUUUGUUUGUUCAUUAUUGCUGCUACAGAAUGGCAUCCAAAUCUUUAUUCCAGUACAAAUUUAUCUCUAGAAUUCCAGAUCUAUUUUUUCUCUCUGCUUGCUAGAAAUUUCCACUUAUUUAUUCUCUGGGCACUUCAAAGUCAAUGUGUCCAAAGAUGAAUUCUCAUUUUUUCCCCUCUAAAACAGUUCCAUUCUAUAACUGAAUCACUUUGGCUCUUGGGACACAUUGAUCUUUUACAAUUAGUCACUAAUAAGUGUUGCCAAUUUUACUUCCAAAGCAGAUUUCACAUAUAUAUCCUAUUCCUAUUUUCUUCACUCAUAUGGCCAGCACCCUUGCUGAGAUACUAAUUACUUCUCACCCAAGACAUUAUACUAGUCUCCUAAUAAGUUGUCCUCCUUUCAGUAGCCUCCCCUAUCUAAUCCAUGUUCUAUAGAGGUGAUGAAAUUAUCUACUGAAGAUACACCCCUGAGGAUGUCAGUCCCCUGCUCAAAAUCCUUCAUUUUUUCCCUAGUAACUUUAGGACAAAAUAGCCCAACCUGACCUUUAAUGCUUUCCAUCAUCCACCCCUGUCCUAUCUUUUCUGCAUUCUGCUUUGAUCCUCAACAAUUUGGGCUCGUUGCUCUUCUUGACCUCCCCUGUUUCCAUGUAGUGACCCAGGUAAUACCCAAGAUGUACAAUACAAUCUCUCCUCAUCUUUAAUUGUCUGCUUCCUUGUUUUCCUUCUUUGCUCAGUUUCAGUUUCAAAAAUUCCACAAAACCUUCUCUAAUCUCCAUAUUUACUAGAGUCUUUUGCUGCUCAAAUAACCUUGUAAUAACUUAGCUAUAUUAUUGCUGUAUCCUUUUCUCUUCCUCAUCCAAGGAGAAUGUGGGCUUGUUGAGGUCAGGGAAAUGACUCAAAUUCAAAUUUUGAUUUUUUUUUUCCCAUUCAAGUGGUUGUCACAUUGGGCAAAUCACUUCAUCCUCUGAGCCCUGUUUCCCCCCAUCUAUUAAAAGAAGAGAUUGGAUGAGCAGAUACCUCAAAUCUCUUUCAGCUCUAAAUUUAUGAUAUUAUCAUUAUCUCAUCUCUGAAGUCCCUUCUAGCUCCAUAUCAUGUACUCAAAUUCAGAACCUCUCACUCCAAGUUCAGGGUCAUCUUCACUGUACUACAGGAAAGGAAAAUUUUCAACUACAAAUCAACAACAUCAUCACCAACGUCAUCAUCAACAUCGACAUCUAACUUUCCAUCUUUUCCUGGUCCAGGAAACAUUUUUGCUGGAUGGCCUAAUAGCAUACUAUGCAGAGUACUGACUGAGAGUCAAAAGACCUAAACUCUAAACCUCCUGUGUGCCAGGCAAUCCGAGGUUACCCUGGGGUUUAUUUGGUCUUCAACUAUACCUCCAAUUCUCCUCAGGGAACCUCGAUAUAACUCUGUAGUAAAUGUUCACAGACUCUCUCAGGGGAGGUGAAGGGAGUGAGUGUAGGUGCUAGUUCAUUCAAGCUCCAACUCCCUCCUGCAUUCAGAUCCUUAUCCAGAAACUGUGAACUCCAUUGAAAUACCAUAUAAGACAGCAGAUAGAGCCUUUAUUUUUAUCUCCCAAACCUCACUUUUACACUUGCUUUAAAAUUAUGGUAUCCUUUACAUUGAUCAGUUAAAAUGUUUCUUAGGUGAGUUCAAGUUUAGCAUAUUAAUCUCUCAGGAAGUCAGUGGGCUCCCAGUAAAUGUAAUUCUUUUUUAGGGCAACAGAUUUUCAAUUAUACAUCCCCGCUGAUGAAUGAGAGACUAAGCUCUCUCUAAGUUUGAUGUUAAUGUAUUACAAUAAUAAUAGAAUGUUCUGUAUUAGCUGAUAAGAGCAGUAUUUAUGAGUUUGAUGUUUGCAUGGAACUUGUGAUUAUCUUUUACUUUUGAUGUUAUUUGUUGUGCUUUUGUUUAUGUUUGAAAUUUGUUCUUCUUCAUUAUUUAAUUCCUUUUCCCCUUUCUUUGUUAAAUUGCCUAGAAUAGGUUAGUAUUAGUUAGAUUAAAAUAAUUGAGUGUAGGUUGUUUGUGAUUUGGGGUAGAUAUCUUAGUUUAGGUAAUGGGUAAGUAUUUUAGGUUGUGCACAAAUAUCAAAAUAGUUUUUUUUUUUUAACAUGAUUUAGGCUUUGUGCCAAGAGGGGACUGUAUCAAGGAAAGAUAAAGACUGUAAAAUGAUUGGCAGGAGCAUGUGACUGGAACCUGGGAGCAUUGGAAUCUUUGGGAUUCAGUUGAGAGAUAAACUGUCUCUGGAGCUGAAGAGGAAAGGAGAGAGAAGUGUGGCUGAAUCUGUCAGAAGAUCAAUUCCCAAGACAGUAGCCUGUGAAGAUCCUUUGGCUGUGGUAAGGAUUUAUUCUUCAAUCGUCUGCUGGUCAGGGAUUGAGGAUCUGUCUUCAACUUGGAGGAGUUAUCAUCUAUGGACCUUUCACCUUGGAUUCCUGUUGUGGCUCCCAGAGACUCUAUUGGAAGAUCCAGCUCCCCUGUUUGAUUUGCCUUUAGGAUAUUGGUGUAGAUGGAUAGAAUUAUUAAUUUAGGAGUUAAAAUUAAAGGUCUAAAGAAAAGAUCACCCUCUCCCUCACUUUCCUUCCCCCAAACCCUUCCCCCAAUCUCAAAUAAAUACAAACUAUUUAAAUGUUGA